AUGACGUCAGUCAAUCGUGUUUACCGCAGCCUUGCUGCUCAAAAAGAGCGACAGCAACAAGAAUCAGUUAUAAAUCGGCCCGGGCCACCACCUCCUGGUGACGUAACAGCCGCAGCAGCAGGCUGCUGUCAGCAAACAGCAGCAGCACCUUGGUAUCACCAGACUACUGGCGCUAUAUCCGGAGCAGGAACAGGAACGGGUGCAAUGCCCGGACUGCCACCACAGCAAUCUCACAGUCCAGCGUGCACAGUACUCCAAGAAAAAUUACAUCCGAAAGGAGUAACAGCCGCAGCAGCAGGCUGCUCUCAGCAAACAGCAGCAGCACCUUGGUAUCACCAGACUACUGGCGCUAUAUCCGGAGCAGGAACAGGAACGGGUGCAAUGCCCGGACUGCCACCACAGCAAUCUCACAGUCCAGCGUGCACAGUACUCCAAGAAGGAGUAACAGCCGCAGCAGCAGGCUGCUCUCAGCAAACAGCAGCAGCACCUUGGUAUCACCAGACUACUGGCGCUAUAUCCGGAGCAGGAACAGGAACGGGUGCAAUGCCCGGACUGCCACCACAGCAAUCUCACAGUCCAGCGUGCACAGUACUCCAAGAAGGAGUAACAGCCGCAGCAGCAGGCUGCUCUCAGCAAACAGCAGCAGCACCUUGGUAUCACCAGACUACUGGCGCUAUAUCCGGAGCAGGAACAGGAACGGGUGCAAUGCCCGGACUGCCACCACAGCAAUCUCACAGUCCAGCGUGCACAGUACUCCAAGAAAAAUUACAUCCGAAAGGAGUAACAGCCGCAGCAGCAGGCUGCUCUCAGCAAACAGCAGCAGCACCUUGGUAUCACCAGACUACUGGCGCUAUAUCCGGAGCAGGAACAGGAACGGGUGCAAUGCCCGGACUGCCACCACAGCAAUCUCACAGUCCAGCGUGCACAGUACUCCAAGAAGGAGUAACAGCCGCAGCAGCAGGCUGCUCUCAGCAAACAGCAGCAGCACCUUGGUAUCACCAGACUACUGGCGCUAUAUCCGGAGCAGGAACAGGAACGGGUGCAAUGCCCGGACUGCCACCACAGCAAUCUCACAGUCCAGCGUGCACAGUACUCCAAGAAGGAGUAACAGCCGCAGCAGCAGGCUGCUCUCAGCAAACAGCAGCAGCACCUUGGUAUCACCAGACUACUGGCGCUAUAUCCGGAGCAGGAACAGGAACGGGUGCAAUGCCCGGACUGCCACCACAGCAAUCUCACAGUCCAGCGUGCACAGUACUCCAAGAAGGAGUAACUGAUCAAGAUAAUGGACACUGUUCCGAAGAAGCGGUAUCUGAAAUAAAUUCUAACCCUGGAUCUUUUUACAACAUAUUCUUUAGCUAA